GAAAGCCAGCCGCUUAACUAUUCGUUUUAUUUUAUUGAACUCAAGGUAACAAGAGAGUGAGCACGUAUUUUUGUGAGAGUACAGCCGUUGUAAACAUGCAUAUGUGGUCUAAAACUGUGUGUCCUAUACUUCAAAAUGUCGCAAAAACGAGUUCUAUUAGAACCUACGUCAAAGGCGAACCUACCGGACCCCAACUAAAAACCGAAAUUCCUGGCCCCAUAUCCCGCAAACUCCACGCCGAACUCAACGCUAUCCAACCAAGCGAUGCGGUUCAGUUUUUCGCAGAUUAUAACAAAUCCCUCGGGAACUACAUCGUCGAUGUUGACGGGAACAUAAUCCUAGACACAUACAAUCAAAUCGCAUCAAUUCCUAUUGGAUACAACCAUCCAUCCCUACUCAAAGUAUUCCAAAAUGAAGAUAAUUUGAAAGCACUAGUCAACAGACCGGCCUUGGGCGUAUUCCCGGGUGACUACUGGCCGAAAAAACUCCGCAAUGUAUUACUAUCAGUGGCUCCCCGGCUACCAAACGUUACCACUAUGAUGUGUGGCUCGUGUUCAAAUGAAAACGCAUACAAAGCGAUGUUUAUAGCAUACCGCCGACAUCAAAGAGGCGAAAAUGUCGAUUUUACCGACCUAGAAAAAGAAAGUUGCGUUAGUAAUAAACCACCAGGCGCACCAGAUUUGUCCUUGUUGUCUUUCCAUGGGGCUUUCCACGGCCGAACUUUGGGAGCUCUCGCAACUACACACUCGAAGGCCAUUCAUAAGCUCGAUGUGCCAUCGUUUGAUUGGCCCAUUGCACCCUUUCCACAGUACAAAUACCCCCUUGAAGAAAACCAACGCGAAAAUGAAGCCGAAGACAAGAAAUGUCUAGCAGCGGUCGAGGAUUUGAUACAAACUUACAACAAAAAGGGUAAACCGGUGGCGGGAAUUGUCAUUGAGCCCAUCCAGUCAGAAGGGGGCGACAACGAAGCCUCCCCUGAGUUUUUCCAACAGUUGCAAAAAAUCGCUAAAAAAUACGGUGCAAGUUAUCUCAUUGAUGAAGUCCAAACGGGGUGUGGAGCCACAGGGAAGUUCUGGGCACACGAACACUUUAACCUAGAGUCGCCCCCUGACAUCGUCACUUUCAGUAAGAAAAUGUUGACAGGGGGUUACUACCACUCGAUUGACAUGAGGCCCAAUCAGCCCUAUAGGAUUUUCAAUACUUGGAUGGGGGAUCCAGGUAAAAUUGCCUUGUUGGAGGCAUGUCUCGAGACUAUCAAAAACGAGAAUCUCCUCGAUAAUGUUAUUAAAGUCGGUGAUAAGUUAAAAAAGGGUUUAUUGAGACUGGAGGCUGAAUUUCCUGAGAAAAUUAAUUCCACUAGGGGGCGUGGCACGUUCUUGGCGGUGAAUGCAGCCACGCCAGCUUUGCGAGACAGUAUUAUUGCAAAAAUGAAGCAGAAAGGUGUUUUGAUGGGUGGGUGUGGAGAUCAGUCUUUGAGGCUGAGACCAUCGCUCAUAUUCCAGGAACGGCACGCCGAUGUGUUUUUGGAACGUUUCAGACAAAUCCUGAAUGAACACUAAAAAAUGUUAUAUUGCAUAAAAUACAAAUAAUUAUACUUGCAUCAAUCCACUCCAUUUUUUGUUAAACCUGAAAGAAAAAUAAAAAUAGAACAAACCAGCA